AUGAAUGACCCUCACUUACUAGUCUCGGACCUCAUUAACCCAGACACAAAAACAUGGGAUAUUCAUCUCAUUCGGGAUAUCAUAGACCCUCGAGAUAUACCGUUGAUACUCAGUAUUCACAUUAGUCACAUGCCUAAAGAAGAUGGAUACUGCUGGAAUCUCUCAAAAACGGGAGCAUACUCUGUAAGAUCGGGCUACACAUUAGCGCAGUCAGAGCUAGACGAAGAAACAACCCUCUUCUGCCAACAACCUUUGCUAAACCCCCUCAAGGAGAAAAUCUGGAAACUUAAAGCACCAAAAAAGAUGUGUCAUUUCCUAUGGCAAAUGCUAUCAGGUGCGGUGGCGGUGAACGAGCGCCUAACCAUAAGACAUCUAGAUGGAUCUUGGAAAGGAGAUAGUCUCACAAACGGGGUGGGUUGGAUUCUACAGCUUCAAGAUGGCUCCAUAGACCUCCUGGGUCUUCAAGGGACUCGUCGAGGCAUUUCUCCUCUCCACAUGGAGCUCCUCAGCCUGAUUUGGGCAUUCAAAUGUCUAAAUAGACACAAUAGGUAUUGUAACUAUUUUGUUACUGAUUCCAAGGAAUUAGUACAAAUGGUUACUAAUCCAAAAGAAUGGCUCGCAUUUGCAAUGGAGCUGUGCGAACUCGAGGACCUGGGUGGUUUCGCCCAUGAUGUCAACAUAGUUUUUGAGCCGAGAACUAGAAAUCAACAAGCGGACUUCCUUGCUAAAAGCGCUCGCACUCAAAAUCGUGUUUUCUCUUAUAUGAGCACAUCGGUGCCUCUCUGGUUAGAUGUUGAAAAUUUGCCUUUAGCGGAUUCGUACUAA